AUGAUGAAAUGGAUCACGCGUCGAGAGAAGAUGGCCGCAUACGAGGCCUUUCAAAAGGAGUGUCUAGUGGAGGAGGUAUCAGAGGACUUAGACGGCAACCCUGAGGACUCAGAAGGGGCAGCUUCUUGUCCAGAAGAGGUUGUGGACGUUGGGAACAAUGUCAAGAUAGCUAAGUAUCCUCCAGCGCCUCAGCAGCAUCUAACUCGUAUCCAGGAGCGGCACAAUGCUCCUGGUUUCUCCACCGCCUUGACCGCCUUCAUUAACGAUAUACAGCCAUCCGAACUUCGACUGAACCGCCACGACCUCUCUCGAACGUGGCUACCUUUCGAUCGGCUGGACGUCUACCACCAAGCCCGCUUCAGUCCUUUCGCGCUGUCCGACGGUAAAGAGGAGCAAGACGUCGUCAAGUCUAUCCCCGGCUCAGCUAUCAAGGGAAGGAAGGCACGGUUUGACACCGUCAUUGCUCUUGAGAACGGGGAAGCCGAAUCCACAGGGGUUAGAGGU